AUCUGAUUGCGCUCGCACCCGUGAGCAGGAUGUGGAGGUCGGAGAUCUGCUGACUCGCCCCGAGGAUUUACGCUCCCUUUCUGCUGGAUCCACCCGAGCUGUGGGAGCUUCUCUUUCACCUUCUCUUUCACCUUCUCUUUCACCUUCUCCUUCUUCCUCUUCUUCCUUCUUUCUUCUUAAGGAGGUCUCUGUCUCUGAAUAUCUGAGAAACAUCAAGGAAGUGGAGGUGUUUCAUCAAGCGCCAGUCUGGUUUAAGGAGCUUUCCGUUGUUCGUUUUUAUAUUAAAUUAUUUGGGGAUGAUGCCUCCGCAGAUCAGGUUCAGGAGGAGAUCCUUCCUCGGGCUCCUCUUCCUCUUUUCUCUCUCUACAUCAGCGCUUUACUUCAUCUACUCGGCUCCCGGGAUCGUGAACGAGUAUCUGUUCAUGGUCCAGGCUCGAGGAAUGUGGAUCCGUGAGAACAUGAGGAACAUUGGAGCUCAGGUUCUGGAGCAGGUGGUCAGAAGUACCUACAUUGCCAAUGGAACAGAAUACAUGUAUGACUUUAACCUGAGUGAAACAGCUGCCCCACCCACUCCAUACCUGCCUGUGGGGUUCACUUACUUGCCCACUGACAUCUGCCCUGAGAAACUACCCACUAUGAAGGGCAGACUGAAGGUGGAUAUGACUGAGAUUUCUCUUGAGAAAGUGGAGAAAAAUUUACCGAAAUCUGACCCCAGUAUCCGCUUCGGAGGCCAGUGGAAACCCCACGACUGCAGACCACGCUGGAAAGUAGCCAUUUUGGUGCCUUUCCGAAACCGUCACGAGCAUCUGCCCAUUCUCCUGCGUCACCUGAUCCCAGUGCUGCAGAGACAACGACUUCAGUUUGGAUUCUACAUCAUCGAACAGACAGGAGACGAGCCCUUUAAUCGUGCCAUGCUCUUCAACGUGGGCUUUAAGGAGGCCAUGAAGGACAUUCAGUGGGAUUGCGUCAUCUUCCACGAUGUUGAUCACAUUCUGGAAAACGACCGGAAUUAUUACGGAUGCAGUGGAAUGCCGCGGCACUUCGCCGUCAAACUCAACAAAUACUCCUACAUAUUGCCAUACGAUGAGUUUUUCGGUGGCGUGAGCGGCCUCACCGCCGAGCAGUUCCAGAAGAUUAACGGCUUUCCCAACGGAUUCUGGGGCUGGGGAGGAGAGGACGAUGACCUGUGGAAUCGGGUUCAGUACGCAGGCUACACUGUGAGUCGACCUCCAGGAGACGUCGGUCGCUACAUGUCCAUCCCUCACCAUCACCGGGGAGAAGUGCAGUUCCUGGGCAGGUACACGUUACUCCGUCACUCGAAGGAGAGACAGAGACUGGAUGGUCUGAACAACCUGAAUUACUCCCCCCUGGUGUCCCGGAGGCGUCUCUACACCAACAUCUCUGUCACGCUGAGUCGAGACCUCGCACCCAUCACCGAAUAUUAACACCUCGCACUCUGCCACUCUGACCCUCGCUCUGACUCUCUGCCUUGUCCUCGCCAGAGUCAGGGGAAGGAGACAUCUCCAUCUGUCCUCCUGUCCUCCUCAAAUCCUUCUCAGAACGUCUCUCGCUGUCCCUGCCACAUAAGUCUUCUCCACAUUUCAGUCCUGUUUUUUUAUAUUUUGCACCUGAAAUGGAAAUAUUCAUUAUAUCGUCAUCAGCACGACGUAACACCUAGGAACAAUUUUCCCGCCUUUUUUUAAAAUCACCAUUUAAGCCGCUCAGAACACGGCCAUCUAUAAAAAAAAAAAAAAAAAAAAAAAAAAAAACCUUUACAGAAGAAAAAAGUGCCGGCUCCUUUUCUUCAGAUGCCACUACAGCAAGAGUGGGUCUUUGUGUUUACAAUGGGAAUGAGUAAGCUAGCAAGCUAGUUAGCACGUAACAAGCUCAUUUCUUUUGGAUGAAAGUAACGCACAGCUGGAUUCUGUGCUGAAUAUAAACAAGUUCACAAAAAUGCACUGAUAGAAUGCAGUAAAAACAUUUAACGAAUAUAUCAAAGCAACUGUGGGUGUGUGUGUGUGUGUAUAGCCUCUCUUUCCCUGUAAUGGUAAUAACACCUUCACCUGACAGUCAGACAACUCAUUUGUUUGAGGUUUGUGUGGUGACACACAGCGUUAGCAAUUUUAAUUAAGAGUUUGAGAAAUGUGUAUAAAAAAUUUAAGGUCACGUUUAACUGCACUAAAAGAUGGAAAGAAGCUUGUAAGAGCUAUGCAAAAAUUCUGCUCCGAUAUCCACCUGCUUAUAACGUUAGCACACACACACGACAUCUGCUCCAUCUACUGUGGCUCUUUAUUUACAUCCAUGAAUUUAUAUGUGCAUACAAAGCCUGCAUCAGCAUUGUGUGUGUGUGUGUGUGUGUGCAAAACAGAACAGAGCUAUGCAAAGCUCUGUUGUUUAAUACAAAUCUGUUGUUUUUUGAAGGAACGCUAGUAACGUGAACAUGCUAACUAGCUAAUUAAGCUAUGCUAGUGUUUAUUUAUCCAAAAAAAAAAAUCAUCUUGAUAUUACAAACGUAAAAACUGUUCUCAAAGCGAUGUUUACAGCAUAACGGUAAUAUUUUUAGCUGUUUAUAGCGGUUUUAAAACACACUGGCUAGCUCUGCUGCACCGCUAACACACAUGACAGUUUGUUUACAGUGUGUGUAUGUAUUUUGUGUGUGUGUGUGUGUGUGUGUAGUCUCUAGCUACCUCUAUACCAGUCUAAUCUAAUUAUUGGGAGCCUUCUGUGCAUAAUUCAGGAACUCGCAGAUCAAGCUAGGCUGACCUAACACACACACAAACACACACACUAGCUUUCCCUCACUCACUGCAGCCCUUUGAUUAUCACAAUAUGAUUAUUUUUUGAUUAUGUAUUGUGUGUGUGUCUGUGUGUGUGUGUACCAGGGUCCAUCUAUCCAUGCUCUUUACCAGAGGCUGGUCCUCUUGUAUUUAUUCCAUUUUAUCCUGUGGUUGAUUUCAAUUUUCUUUCUUUUUUUUUUUCAGAAAAACACACAAGCGGAUCAAAAACUUAUAAACGUGUCGAGCUGUGAUUUAAAAAAAAAAAAAGCACUGAAAGCAAACGGGAAACGUCUCGAAUGUUUGGGUGAUGAAAGUGUUGUGAAAGGAGAGCUGUUUCACAUGAGGACACAGCUGAGAGAGAGAGAGAGAGACGAUCCCCAUGGUGCUGAGUAUUGUGCAGCUGCUAUUUUAUUCUCUAUUUAUCUGACGUCAGUCAUUUGUAGACUGAUACAGAUUGUAGGCGUGGCCUCGCAGUGGGCGUGUCUCCUCGGUUCUCUCAGCGUCUGAUGAAAACGGUUCGAUCUUGCCAAAAUAGGGGUCUUUUAAUAUAGUGAUUUGGGCCUGAUUCUCAGACAGACCUGUGAUCUGACUCUGUGUUCAUGCUAACAAGCAACAAAUCGCUUACACGCGUCACGUCACAGCUCCCGUUGUCAAGUUUGGGAGUGGGCGCGGCCUGCGUUAAAUGAUAACGCUAACAAAACAAAAAAUGUCACUUGUCGGUUCUCUCGAUGGUUAAUAAUCUUAACAUGAUUUGUUCGAAUUUGUUUUAGUAGCCAUACAGACAUUAAAAUAAUUUAUUCUUCUUACUUCCGCACCUCAUAGGUACGUUGAGAUCGAUAAAUAACGUCAUGGUGAUUUCUAACAUGAUCCGAGCGCAGCUUAAAUCUUCCAGCUCUAACUGGUGAGAAUACACCAGCUUAAAUAACAAUCAGUGUAAAUAUCACAUGUUUGAUGUGCUGAUCUGGUCAUGUGCUCGGAUUAGAUUAGCAUCACGAGCUAGCUGCUCCAGCUACAUGCUGUCAGAAGAGACACAGUCGAUACAUUGGUAGGAAGUGAAGAUCUAAAUGUCAGACCAAACGAUUUGUUGCUUUAUGAGUGAGGGAUUCUGAACUGAAAUGUUGCCUUGAAGCUGAAAAGGUACGUGAAAGAAAAUUGCGAAAGCUUUUGUCUCCCGCUAGCGCGAACACAGCUACAGAUCUAUUUGUAUAAGUAAAGACCCCCAUCGACGGCAAACUCCCUUCACCCACAGCCAUAAUAAACUUAUUAACUUAUCUAUUCUGAUCCGGUCCAGAUGACGGGAUCGGGGAGUUUUCUCUCCUCGUCCUCGACGGCACGGCAGCCUUAACGUUUAAUUUACUCCAAUAUUAUUAUACAGUUAUUUUUUAUUUUUAUAGUCAGAUCUAUUUAAAAUUUAAGGCAUAUGUAAGAAUGAAUGUUCACAUGUACAUACAUGCUAGUUUAUUUUAAAUAGUUUUAAAAAAUUUAAAGAAAGAAAGAAAGCUCUGACGAAGUCUAUGACUAAGUUUAAAUAAAAACUUCAGUUCAAAGUUUCAAUAAAAGGGUGAUUUUGUGUCAUUUGGGAAAAUUUUCCACAUUUAAUAAUAAUAAUAAUAACAAUAAUAAUAAUAAUAAUAAUAAUAAUAAUAAUAAUAAUAAUGAGAGGGAAAAAAAGGAUUUUGGUCUAACAGGAAUUUCAUACUGAUAAUUAAAAAAAGAAAAGAAAUAGUAAAAAUCAUGUUUAUUUCCUAGCUGGACAAACGGACAGCUGUGUAUUCAGUGUCUUUAUAUGAAUCCAAACGAAUAUGAAAAUGUUUAAAGAAAAUGAACUGAAUAACACACACACUGGGAUGUGACUGUAAAGGGACGAUGAUGUCUCCUUAAUCUGAAGCCAUCUGUCUCGCCUACAUGUCUGUGAUUUAUGUAUGAAGAAAAGAUGAUGAUUUGGAUUUGAGAUUUUUUUUUAUUAUUCAGAUUGUUGUUAAAAUCCAAACCAAUAAAAGAGACGUUACGCCA